AGACUCAAAGUUAGACCUGUACCUAUGAUUUUCAGUGUUGGACAGAUGGCUCCAGCAAAGAAAGGUGGAGAAAAGAAGAAGGGGAGAUCUGCUAUCAAUGAGGUGGUGACUAGGGAAUAUACCAUCAACAUUCACAAAAGGAUCCAUGGAGUGGGAUUCAAGAAACGCGCACCCCGUGCUCUCAAGGAAAUCCGUAAAUUUGCAAUGAAGGAGAUGGGCACUCCUGAUGUACGCAUUGACACCAGAUUGAACAAAGCAGUAUGGGCCAAAGGGAUAAGGAACGUUCCCUACCGUAUCCGUGUACGUUUAUCCAGAAAACGCAAUGAGGAUGAAGAUUCACCCAACAAACUGUAUACACUGGUUACCUAUGUACCAGUCACCACUUUCAAAAGUCUACAGACAGUCAAUGUGGAUGAAAAUUAAACUGAUUUUCAUUACAAUAAAGUUAUAAAAAUGACA